GGGCGGGGCGGUUCCGGCGCGCGGCUCUUGGCCAGUGCGGGGCGUGGACAGCGUGGGCAGCUAUCACGGCCCCUCAGCCGCAGUCCCGGCACCGCGCCUCAGCGAUCGCCCUCGCCUCAACUCCUGAGUAGCCCCGGCCUGGCCGGGAGCGAAGUCGACGCCCUGGAGCCGCCUCCGCCGCCGCCGCCGCCUCCGCCACCGCCGUCGCGGGCGCUGGCCUCUCCCGGGCCAGGGAGGGUGGGCGUCUCGCCCAACCGCCGUCUGGACAGCGUCCGCGGCAUGCCCACGUCCUCGCCUCCGGGGCGCCGCGCCCGCGUGCUGUCCCCCGGCACCAGCCGGCCGUCUUCCGAGGCUCGCGAGGAGCUGCGGCGCCGCCUCCUGGAGCUCAUCGAGGGCAACCGGGUGAUGAUCUUCAGCAAGAGCUACUGCCCGCACAGCGCGCGGGUUAAAGAGCUCUUUUCUUCUUUGGGAGUGGACUAUAAUAUCCUGGAACUUGAUCAAGUCGACGAUGGAGCCAAUGUCCAGGAGAUGCUGUCAGAGAUUACCAAUCAGAAGACCGUGCCCAAUAUUUUUGUAAAUAAAGUACACAUGGGCGGGUGUGACCGGACGUUCCAGGCGCACCAGAGUGGUUUGUUACAGAAGAUUCUCCAGGAGGAAUCAGCCUACGAGUACGACCUCAUCGUCAUCGGCGGAGGCUCGGGCGGCCUCUCGUGUGCCAAGGAAGCCGCCAUUCUGGGGAGGAAGGUUAUGGUGCUAGAUUUCGUGGUCCCCUCCCCUCGGGGCACGUCCUGGGGGCUCGGGGGCACUUGUGUGAACGUAGGCUGUAUUCCCAAGAAGCUGAUGCAUCAGGCUGCCCUCCUGGGGCAGGCGUUACGUGACUCUCGGAAGUUUGGCUGGGAGUACAGUCAGCAGGUGAAGCACAACUGGGAGACCAUGACAGAAGCGAUUCAGAACCACAUUGGCUCUCUGAACUGGGGCUACAGGUUGUCUUUGAGGGAGAGGGGCGUGACCUAUGUCAACUCCUACGGAGAAUUUGUUGAACAUCAUACAGUAAAGGCAACCAAUCGAAAGGGACAGGAAACUUACUACACUUCUGCCAAUUUUGUCAUAGCAACAGGUGAAAGACCACGAUAUUUAGGGAUCCCAGGAGAUAAGGAAUUCUGUAUUACUAGUGAUGACCUUUUUUCUCUGCCUUAUUGUCCCGGCAAAACGCUGGUAGUGGGCGCCUCUUACGUGGCGCUGGAGUGUGCGGGGUUUCUGGCUGGCCUUGGGUUAGACGUCACAGUCAUGGUGCGCUCCAUCCUUCUGCGAGGCUUUGAUCAAGAAGUGGCAGAGAAAGUGGGCUCCUACAUGCAGCAGCACGGUGUCAAGUUCUUAAGAAAGUUUGUACCUGUGAUGGUUCAACAGUUGGAGAAGGGUUCACCUGGAAAGCUGAAAGUAACGGCUAAAUCUACGGAGGGGCCAGAGACGAUUGAAGGCGUGUACAACACGGUUCUGUUAGCUAUUGGUCGCGACUCCUGUACGAGGAACAUAGGCUUAGAGAAGAUUGGAGUGAGAAUCAACGAGAAGAAUGGCAAAAUACCGGUCAAUGACGUGGAGCAGACCAACGUGCCCUAUGUCUAUGCCGUCGGAGACGUGCUGGAAGGCAAACCGGAGCUCACUCCCGUGGCCAUCCAGGCAGGCAAGCUGUUGGCUCGAAGGCUCCACGGGGCGUCCUCAGAAAAGGUGUAUCAUACUUUGUUUUGGCCUCUCGAAUGGACGGUAGCCGGCAGAGACAACAAUACUUGUUAUGCAAAGAUAAUCUGCAACAAACUGGACCAGGAUAGGGUGAUAGGGUUCCACGUGCUUGGACCCAACGCCGGGGAGAUCACCCAGGGGUUUGCAGCUGCCAUGAAAUGCGGGCUCACGAAGCAGCUCCUGGAUGAGACCAUUGGGAUCCACCCCACCUGCGGCGAGGUAUUCACCACUCUGGAGAUCACCAAGUCCUCGGGCCUGGCCGUCACUCAGCAGGGCUGCUGAGGCUAGUUAGUGCUGCCGCCGCGUCGUCCUUGUCACGCUCGCCUCUCUCAGCGACGGGCCGCGCUCUCGACCCCAGCCCGAGGCGGUGCGAAGGUGGACAAGGAGACGGGACAGCAGCAGGUGUCGCCAGCCCUACCCUGCCGUCUGGAGAAGCAGCGCGCUGCUGCCUUGACGCCCUGGCUCGGAACCCGCCGUCGGGUGAGCCCCGGCCGACUCUCCUGCAGGUCUGGGUCGAGCCGCCCCUGGAAGGCUCUGGAGUGGCACCGUUAACCCAGCUCCCCUUUCUCGUUCCUAGCGUCGUUACUCCCUUGUUGUUGAUGUGAAAAUAUACUACCUAUUAGGAAA